UUCGCCUUUUCUUAACCAAACCCACUCUGUCACCCGAUCGCCCCCGUCCGCUCCCCAGCCUCAAACCCCCGCCCCCCUCAGCCCGUGGCUGCCGGCUCCGACUGCCGUAGCAAUGGCUUUCGUUAAAGCCCAGAAAACAAAAGCUUACUUCAAGCGCUACCAAGUCCCGUUUAAGAGAAGGAGAGAGGGAAAGACGGACUACCGAGCUAGGGUGCGUCUGAUCAAUCAAGACAAGAACAAGUACAAUACUCCGAAAUAUCGCUUUGUUGUGAGAUUUACUAAGAAGGACAUCACUGCUCAAAUUGUUUCUGCUAGCAUUGCUGGUGACCUGGUUCUUGCAGCUGCUUAUUCACAUGAAUUGCCUCAUUUUGGCCUUGAAGUGGGUCUGACCAAUUAUGCUGCAGCUUAUGCUACUGGGCUUCUGCUUGCCCGCCGAGUUCUCAAAAAGCUUGAAAUGGAUGAGGAGUAUGAAGGAAAUGUUGAGGCUACAGGUGAAGAUUACUCUGUUGAGCCAGGUGAUAGCAGGAGACCAUUCCGUGCUCUUUUGGAUGUUGGUCUUUUAAGGACUACAACUGGAAAUCGUGUUUUUGGUGCCUUGAAGGGGGCAUUGGAUGGUGGACUAGACAUUCCUCAUAGCGAGAAGAGGUUUGCUGGAUUUGACAAGGAGACCAAGCAACUUGAUCCUGAGGUUCACCGCAAGUACAUCUUUGGUGGCCAUGUUGCUGCAUACAUGAGGACUUUGGCGGAAGAUGAACCUGAGAGGUAUCAGUCUCAUUUUAGUGAGUACCUUAAAAGGGGUCUUGAGGCAGAUAACCUUGAGGAGCUGUACAAAAAAGUCCAUGCUGCUAUCCGCGCUGAUCCUACUCCUAAGAAAUCUGAGAAGGCACCUCCUAAGGAGCACAAGAGGUACAACCUUAAGAAGCUAACUUAUGAGGAAAGGAAGGCUAGGUUGAUUGAGAGGUUGAACGCAUUGAAUUCGGCUGCUGGAAAUGACGAUGACGAUGAUGAUGAGGAAGAUGAUGAUGAGUGAAGAACCGGAGUAGCCUGUUGAUCUCUGCUUGUGUUUUCUGUGGCACUGUUUCGUUUUUUAGAUAGCAAUAUUCUCAAUUUUGCUCGUUUAGAGGAACCAAGCUCAGACUUUCUCCAAGUAUUAAAUGGUAGUUUAUAUCUUGGUGUUUCUGCUGAAAACUAAAGUUUACAACGAAAUGUUAGAUUUACACUUUGGAGACUUUUCAUCGUUGUUAUGCAAAUGCUAUUCUUGUAUUGGAGAGUUCUUUUUCUUCA